CAUCUGGGAGAGAGCUGUGCGAAGCCUCAAACAUCAUUUAAAACGGGUAGUAGGAGAACAAAAAUUAACAUUCGAAGAGUACUCAACAAUUUUGACAUUAAUAGAAGGUUGCCUUAACUCUCGGCCAUUGUGCGCCCUCAACGACGACAUCGACAACCUCGACUUCUUAACGCCAAACCACUUCCUGUCGCCGGGAAGGCCCGGUGUAACAGUAAUAGAUACAGCAGAAGAUGCACGCACCAGAUGGCAUUUGAGCCAAAAAAUAUUUCAGGACAUUUUUAAAAGGUGGAAAACAGAAUAUUUAACACAACUGACAGCGAGAACAAAAUGGCAAGAACCCCAACAAAACAUUGAGAUCGGAAACAUGGUUGUAAUCCACGAAGACAACCUCCCACCCGGAAAAUGGGCUAUGGGACGAGUGAUCGACGUACAUCCCGGCAAGGACGGUCAUGUCAGAGUGGUUACCCUAAAAACAAAAAGCGGCGAGUUAAAAAGGCCAAUAACAAAAUUAUCCCUUCUCCCUAUCGACAAACAAACGUCAAAGAGCACUGAAACUUCAGAACCGAAAAACAAGAAGAAACAAUGCACCUCAACAAACAAACAACGACCUUAUGUCCUAACACUACUUAUGAUGUUUCUUUAUAUCCUAACCAUAGCUACACACGGAACGUGCAUGCAAACAACUCAGUUAACAAAAAAUCAAGCGCUUUACUUCGACAAAGUUGCCGACAUACAGAUAAUCAGAGAUGAGUGGAAGAUAAUAGCCUACUACAACUUAGACCCUUACUGGGAAGGCGCAGUAGCGUUUACGAAAUAUUACCAACAUUUAGAUAACAUAUGCACUCAAAUAAAACCUAUGUCGCAUUGUGAACUCAUCAUGUUACAACUACGUCACGGUUUCGAAGAGUUGGAACAUAACAACAAAGUUUUGCUGAAACAACAAAUGCACACUCGAGCCCGAAGGAGGCGCGGCCUCGUAAACGGCGUCGGGAACAUCGCAAACACUCUGUUCGGAGUAUUAGACAGUCGAUUCGCAGAACAGUACGAACGAGACAUUGCGUUAGUACGCGAGAAUCAAAGACAUUUGGCCCAGUUAUGGAAAAAUCAAACCUCUGUCGUUGAAGCAGAGUACAAUUUGCUCCAAAGAACAGAAAACACCAUACAAAGACAACAUAAGAUGAUAAACAGCCACUUAACACGUAUAGAAAUGAAUUCAUUCGCAAUAACAAAACAAGUCAAUGAACUUGAUGUCACAGCAGAAUUCACCUUAAUAGCAAUGGCCGCGACUAACAUACUGACCCAUUUAAAAGGUAUUCAAAUGUCACUACUGGAUACAAUUACAGAUAUACACAAUGGACACAUCAACGUUAACUUGAUAAGCCCGCAGCAACUCCAAAAUGAAUUAAGUAUCAUAUCGGGACAGCUGGAUAAAGAACUCACACUACCUAUCGAUAACAUUCAACUUGACUUAACAAACAUUUACCAUUUACUGCGAAUCAAAGGUGUCAUGACAAAACGAUACAUUCUUUUAGAAAUCCGUGUCCCAUUAAUAAGCAGGGAUAACUACGAUUUAUAUAACAUUCAAGCCAUACCCCAACAAGUAGGUAAAAACAUGUUAGUAGUCAUACCUAUUGAAAGCCAUAUUGCAAUGAACCUUCAAAAGGACUCCUACUUGCCUAUAAAAACAAACGAGUUAGAACGUUGUCUGUCACGUGACUCAACAACAUAUUUAUGUCAAUUGACCAGCCCUAUCUAUAAAAUGAAGAGCGACCUUGACUUUUGUGUGAGAGAAGUUAACACCAUAGAUCGGUGUCAAACCAAUCUUAUUACAUGCCAAAACAAAUGGAUAAACUUGUCUAGUGCAAACCAAUAUCUAUCUUUUUGUUGCGACAAGUGCAACCUACGAAAUUUGUGCAAAGAUCAAGUUACCGCACAUCAGCUGACUGGCGCGAACAUAAUAAACAUUCCCGAAGGCUGCAUAAUAAAAAUGGAGAAUUUGACUGUAUACACCCACAAAAAGAAGGAGAGCACAAUCAACAUAACCCCUGAUGUCGAAGUUCCGAAGAUUGCCCCAAUUAAUCAUGUAAUUAACAUAACAAUUCAGAAUAUGGAAAUAGAAAUGACAACAGAUGGUAGUACAGCAUUAUUAAGGGAGAGCAUAGAGCAGAAAAUUAAGACUAUGAAAGAAGAACAACCCUUAACAAAUGAGAUAUCGAUCCACGAUAUACACCACUAUACCCUCAUCUACGGUAUUUUGAUAGUUGGAGCGAUCAUAAUUAUAUUUCUCGGCUGGCGAAGGAUACAGUCGCAACGUGAGACUGUAGCAGCAACUUCAAGACAAGCGGCCGAGGUGGUCGACAGUCCGGAGGCUGGGAUGCAGCCGCAGCCCACCAGGCGCAACACCGACUGUGUUAAAUCUAGUGAGCCUAGUGAAAGUGCGCGAGUGCAAAUAAAUGACCGUGAUAGUGUUCUCUACACAGAAAGGGGCACUACCCCAGUGUUAAUAAGAAAAAUAGCGUUUAGUAACGAUUCUAUGUGAACGUAACAAUUAAUAGGACUAAGUUUUAUACAAUUUUAUUUGUAACAUUUAUACAACAUUUGUACAAGUUUCUUUGAUUUACUUUCAUUUUACGAUUUUUAUCAUUUAAGUUUCUAUUGUAAUUUCUAUCUUUGGCCCUCGGCAAGAUGUUCAGUGCACAUG